AAAAAUUAACAUUAAUGACGACGUAAAUAGAAAAAAUUUAUAGAAACUGAUUAGAUUUAAAAAAAAUUUUAUAAAAAAUAAAAUAGGGAUAUUUAACGAAAAGUUAAUUCGAAAUUCACGUAAUGGCGACAGGUGCUGAAGGUAGUAGUGAUUCGACAACAGAUUUUCCAAGUGUACCGGGUCAAGCACACAAAAUAGCCACAAUGGAAAAGGACGCUGAAAAUAUGCCUAUUAAAAAAUCACGAGUGGAUUUACAAUCGUUACCAACUAGGCAAUACUUAGAUCAAACUGUGGUUCCAGUUUUACUACAAGGUUUAUCAUCUUUAGCAAAAGAAAGACCGCCGGAUCCAAUUGAAUAUUUAGCCGCUUAUUUAUUGAAGAACAAAACAAAUUUUGAUCAAAGUAGUGGAACGUCUCCGCCAUCAAGCCAAACUUAAUGAUAGUAUUCUUUGAAUUAUUUAAGUAAGGAUAAUAAUGUGUUUUUUAUAAAUAAUUAAUAAUAAUAACUUGGAAAUUGACGUAUUCUGCCUUAUGUAUAUAUUUAUUUUGUAAGAGCUGCAUAUCCAGUGCAUAUUAGUUUUUUAAAUAAAUAAAACC